AUGCCUCCCGGCCCUCCCGGUGGAGGGAAAAUAACACCCAUCAUUUCUGUUCAAAACCCCUGUAGACCUCUGUUGCAUCUCUUUCUCUGCACCAAAACCCUAUCCCCGACUAAACAGCUUCAUGCCCACCUCAUCAUCCAUGGCCUCCACCGAGACGUCUUAUCCGGUUCAAAACUCGCCAAUGCCUACAUCGAAUUGGGCUCUCUCCAUCUCGCCCGCAUAGCCUUUGAUCAAAUCAGUCGCAGGAACCUCCGCUCAUGGAACACCAUCAUCUCCGGAUACUCCAACAGCAACCGUUCUGGUGAAGUUCUUCUGCUUUAUCGCCAAAUGCGAAGAGAAUGUCAAGGAGUAGAUAGUUUCAAUCUGGUGUUUGCCAUUAAGGCGAUUAUUGGGUUGUCGCAGUUGCGAGAUGGUGAGUCGGUUCACUGUUUGGCAAUCAAGUCUGGGAUGGAGAGAGAUCCGUACGUUGCUCGUGUGCUGGUGGAAAUGCAAGUCAAGUUGGGUUCUGUUGAGGAUGCACGGAAAGUGUUUGAGGAAGUUUCGGAGAGAAGUUCUGUUCUUUGUGGCGUUAUGAUGAAAGGUUAUUUGAAGAUUUCAAAAGAAUGUGAAGUGUUCCAGUUGUUCUCUCAAAUGAGGAGUUCAGGGUUAAUGUUGGAUGCUUUAACAUUAGAGGGUUUGGUUCGAGCGAGUGGAAAUGUUUCUGCUGUUGGAGAAGGGGAAGCAUUUCAUGGUUUAGGCAUAAAAAUGGAUUUAACUAAUUCUAAUGCCUUUCUACACACAUCCCUUAUAGACAUGUACAUGAAGUGUGGUUUGGUUGAUUUAGCAGUUAAAUUGUUUGAAGAAGUGGAUGAUAAAGAUGUGGUUCUAUGGACUUCAAUGAUUUUGGGUUUUUCGAAAAAUGGGAAAGCAGUAGAAGCCUUGGCUUUAUUUCAUAAGAUGCUGAGAGAAUCAAUCAGCCUGAAUGCAUUUACCUUGGCCAGCAUUCUUAUUGCUUGCUCGAGUCUCGGAUCAUUGAAUCAGGGAAAAAGUGUUCAUGGUUAUAUGAUAAGGAAUGGUAUUACCUUGGAUGUAGUAAACUACACUUCCUUAAUUGAUAUGUAUGCAAAGUGUGGUUGUGUUGCAACAGCUCUCCGAGUCUUCAAUGUGAUGUCAAAGAAAAAUGUUGUUUCUUGGAGUGCAAUAAUCAAUGCUUUUGGAAGUCACGGUUUAUACUCAGAAGCAUUUGCUUUUUUCGAUCAAAUGAUUUCAGAAAACCAGGUACCGAACUCCAUAACGUUUAUCUCAGUUUUGUCAGCUUGUAGUCAUUCUGGAAAAGUUGAAGAAGGAUGGAAGUACUUCAAUUUAAUGAGAAGGGAUUAUGGAAUUGUUCCAGCGGAGGAGCACUAUGCGUGUAUGGUAGAUUUAUUAGGCAAAUCAGGGAAAAUUGAUGACGCUUUAUACUUCAUUAAUAGGAUGCCAAUAAAGCCUGGUGCUAGCAUAUGGAGCGCUUUGUUGUGUGCGUGCAAGAUACAGAGAAGAUUUGAUUUAGCUGAAGAAGUAGCAAAAAAGCUUCUAUCUUUAGAGGAUGAUCGAUCAGGUAGUGCUCGUGUUUUGCUUUCUAAUGUAUAUGCAGAUGUUGGCAAGUGGGAGAUGGCAAAGAAUACAAUGAUGAAAAGGACCAGGAAGGGGCUUCAUAAAAGUGUUGGAUUUACCUCAAUUGAAGUCAAGAAGAAGUUGUAUGUUUUUACUUCCGAUGAUAUAAAAGCUUGUAAAAACACACAAGUUGAGACUCUGUGGAACUAUCUGAGAGCGGGAAUGAAAAGGCUCGGUUACAUACCUGAUUUAAGCUUUGCUCCUCAUGAUGGUGAGGUGAAGCAAGAAGUUCUUUGUGGCCAUAGUGAGAAAUUGGCAAUUGUGUUUGGGCUGUUAAAGGCUGGCGAUGGAGUGCCCAUCAGAGUAACAAAGAACCUGAGAGUUUGUGGGGAUUGUCAUACCACAAUCAAAUAUAUUUCUUUACAAACUGGAAGGAAGAUCAUAAUGAGGGAUCUUAAGAGAUUUCACUAUGUAGGGGAUGGUGUUUGUUCCUGUGAAGACUAUUGGUAAUGCAAUGCUGUUUGCUAACUUGGUGAAAAUGAUUCCAGUAUGAGUUUUCCCAAGUAAUUGGUUUCCAUAGUUUUGUUCUUUUGCUUCAAACAUGAUUAAACGUUGCGGCCAGGAAGGGUUAUUUUUUUUAUA